UAAAUUUGAUGUUGAAUUUGAUGUCAUGAUCAUAUACUAGUUUGAUUCUGAAUCUUGACAUGUGUUGCUCAAGUAAAGAUUCUUCAUAUGGUUGCUAGUUGCCUCUUGUUUUCCAUUUCUUUCUUUGUUUAUUUUCUGAUUGAUGAAUGUGUGUAUACGUGUUUAGUUCGGUAAGUUGGUGGUGAUUUUUGUAGCUUUUCAGCUAAGUUUUAUGUCCUUCGAGGUAAAAACUGGUUCUUUGGAAGAGGGUUGGUGAUGAAUAUGUGAAAGAUGGAAAUUUUUCUUGUUUUGGUUAAAAGGAAAAGAAAGCUCAUCCCUUGGUUUUAACUUUUUAGGUUGUCUUCAAGUUCCUUUUUUUUUUUUUUUUUUUUUUUUGGAUAAACCUUUUUGUUAUGGCUUUGUACGUUCAUGGGGAUCUCUCUCUGUCUUUCUCAUAUCUAUCUGAAUUUCUUUGAGUCUUUGUUUCUAUGGGGACUUUUCCAAAUUUUAAUUGGAAACUUCCCAUUUCUGAAGUUUUGUUAGGGUGAGAGAAUUUCUUAUUGAUGUCAGGUUAAAGAUUUCAAAUAUUUUACGUUGGAUUUCAGGAACUUCAAGAUUCAAUGUUAGUGUGCCAAUGCUAAACAAGAAUUUUGUUUCUUAACCGGAUUGCUGCAAGUAUAUCCUUAACGAUCUGCAGUUGUGUUUUCAGUAUUAUCUGAAUCAGGAAGAUCCAUAUGGCUUUAAAGACCAUCAUCUUCAUCUCACUUUAAGACCCAGAUAGCUUCACUUCUCUCUGUCUCUCUCUAACUAGUUUAAAAUGAUGCUAGAUGCAAUCAUUGGGCAUAAAAUUAUUUGCAUAUGAUUAGGAAUUUAAUUCUUAAUUGUUCUGCAGCACGUGCACUAUUUCUUUUGUUGUUGAAUGAAUAUAUGAAAUUGAGAUCCAUAAGAACUAAGCAGUUGUUGGAUGAAAUCUUCUUCCUUUAUAUUAUUUUCUAAGGAUAAGGGCCAAGACCAUGCCUAAGGGUCUUAUCCCUGCGCCAGUUACCUUCCUUUUAAAGAAAAAGCUAAUCACCUGAACCAAAAAGACAUUAAUUAGUACCGAGUCAAAUACAUUUAAAUGGUGGUUACAGGAGGGUAUUAAUUUGUUGUAUGUUGAGAGAAACAGUCCUGAAAUGGUGCUGGUAAUCCAUCUAUCCCACAAACAAUUUAACUACCUCCUAAUGUAAACUCAAAUCACCAGCAGCUACUUAGCGCUGUCCAUGGACACUAUUUUACAGAUAGAAUCAGUUCUGCAGUAUUUCAUCUGUGCUAAAGUGGAUAUAAUUUUUCUUUGGAAAAAGCUGAUUGAGACAUGUGCUUCAUGUUUAGAUGAGGUUCACAGGUCAUAAUAACCAAGCUGCCAUUUUGGUCUGAAAAAAUUUCUUCCAGAAAGGUUCCUGGUGUUGCUGUGAACCACUGAUACUCAAGAACUGAGGCAACUGAAAGAAUUAGCUAUUGGUUAAUGCAAACAUCUCAGAAAGGUACAGUUAUGGAUGGGCCUCCUGGGUUCUAUGACCAUCCUGUGCGACCUCGGGAAUCCUAUCACUGGCAUUCCAAUCAGAACCUAGACCAAUAUCCUAUGUCUGAUGAUGGCAGCCAAGAGAUGCACCUUUCAGCCGAGACAUUUGAUCAACACAGCACCCUAGAAUCAUCUUCUGGAACUGGUGGGUAUCCUGUUCAAACUUCGCCAUCUACUGCUAGUUUCUCUCCAAAUGAAAGUGUAAUUUCACAACCAAAUUCUCAGUCAUACAUACUGGACCAGCAUGAUUCUUCUGAGAAUACUAGUGGUUCACCAGACAGAGAGGCUUAUGUUAUUCACAAACUGAGAGAACUAGAAACUGCUAUGCUGGGUCCUGCAGAUGAUCUUGACGUAUAUAACAUAAUGACUCAGGAUGGAUCCAAUCAAAUCACAUCUGAGGAAGAAAAGUGGAAGUUUUUGAUGGAGACUGUAUCAAGAAGAGACUUGAAAGAAGUACUUUAUGCUUGUGCUCAAGCUAUUGACAGUAAUGAUAUGCUUACAGUUGAAUGGCUAAUGACAGAGUUGCGGAAAAUGGUAUCAGUUUCUGGUGAGCCAAUCCAAAGGUUAGGAGCCUACAUGCUGGAAGGUCUUGUUGCAAGGUUGGCAUCUUCAGGAAGUUCUAUCUACAGGGCGCUAAGAUGCAAGGAGCCUGCGAGUGCUGAGCUCCUCUCUUACAUGCAUAUAUUAUAUGAAGUCUGCCCGUACUUCAAAUUUGGGUAUAUGUCAGCAAAUGGAGCAAUUGCUGAAGCAAUGAAAGAUGAAAGUAGAGUUCAUAUAAUUGAUUUUCAAAUUGCACAAGGCAGCCAGUGGAUCACCUUAAUCCAGGCUCUUGCUGCUCGACCUGGGGGGCCGCCACAUGUCCGGCUUACAGGUAUUGAUGAUUCCACAUCAGCUUAUGCUCGUGGAGGAGGACUUGAUAUAGUGGGCCAGAGACUGUCAAGGCUUGCCGAGUCAUGUAAGGUGCCCUUUGAGUUCCAUGCAGCUGGAGUUUCUGGUUCUGAAAUUGAACUCAAGAAUCUUGGGAUUCGACCAGGUGAAGCUCUUGCAAUUAAUUUUGCCUUAAUGCUUCACCACAUGCCUGAUGAAAGCGUGGGCACUCAAAAUCAUCGUGACAGGCUGUUGAGGUUGGUGAAGAGCUUAUCUCCCAAGGUAGUAACUCUUGUUGAGCAAGAAUCAAAUACUAAUACUGCCCCAUUUGUAAACCGUUUCACUGAGACAUUAAACUAUUAUCUGGCUAUCUUUGAAUCAAUUGAUGUUACUCUACCAAGGGGGCACAAGGAACGGAUCAAUGUUGAGCAGCAUUGUCUAGCUCGUGAGGUGGUCAACAUUGUAGCAUGCGAGGGUGCUGAGAGAAUAGAGCGUCAUGAACCUUUAGGUAAGUGGAAGUCACGAUUUGCCAUGGCUGGGUUUACACCCUAUCCGUUAAGCUCUUUUGUGAAUGCUACCAUCAAGGCUCUGCUGCAGAGUUACUCCAAGAAGUAUACUCUUGAAGAGAGAGAUGGAGCAUUAUAUCUUGGCUGGAUGAACCGACCUCUGAUUGCUUCUUGUGCAUGGAGGUAAUAACCCGGAAAACAUUGGGGGCAUGUUUUGUGUGCUUCAAACCCGUAAUUCGAAGCAAGAUCAUUUCAUGUUGUUGUUCGUAGUAAAAUAGCAUAGCGAUGUCACAACACUGGUGGAUUUUCAAGUAAUGAAUUGGCUCCAUUCAAGGACUCUAACUUGUACUGAACCCAAAUAACAUCAAGUAUGUUAAUGUUCCAUAGGCAUUAAGCUAUUAUCUUUCUGUCAA